AGAGAUUUUUCUAGCAUUUUAUUUUUGUGUACUCAGUGUGAGAUUACAUGGAGUUUAAAUAUUGAACCACCACACCUUGAGUAUAGAAUUGAAGAAGAUAUUCAAGUCAUAAGGACCCAAGCUGGAUAGUGAAUCUGUCCAGUUGUUCUUUUCAUAGCACUUGGCUUUUAAGGUGCUUCCAAACUGAAAAGUCUUGUGCCUUUUCCCGCAGAGGAGACACAUCUGUUUAAGGUUUUACAUGGAAGAAGUUGGAAGAAUGAUUCCGGAUCUUUAUAGAAUAGCAACAAUGUAGUAAAAAGAGUUGGAUUGAUAAUAAUUCUUGUUUUCAAGUGCCCUUGAUGGGUGAUUUUAAAAAAGAAAGAAGAAAAAACAGAAGAAAAAUGAUAAAAAGACAGCUGAGCUCAGAAUAGUGUGGAGCAGUGCUGGAAAACCUUCUGGGCAGCCUAGCUAUCUCUUACCAGAGCAUCCAUUUACCUAUAAUCUUAACAGAUAUUUGAUCAAUUCAACGUUGUUAACAUGUAGUAAGACUGCUAACUUUUUGGCAUGUACAUUUAUGCCAUCUGGUUACACAAGCACGGAGCCCUGUUGAUCAGAUGAUGGUACAGGUAUUAUUGUAAAUUUAGCCAUCUCAUUAUAGGUGAAUGAAAUUCAAAUCGUCAGAGUAUCGGGUACAAUAAAAGCUUUAUCUACUUUCCUGUCCUUCCUGCCAAAUACACACGACAAACACAUUUUACUUUAGGAAAAGACUUAAAAGUACCCUGAAGUGAAAAGUAUUCAGAGGUCUCCAGUUUCUGCAGAAGAACACACAACAGCAAGGCAAUUGCAAAUCAGCCUAAUCUUCAAGGUAAUAGGAUACUCUUUAAAUCUCUUGAACUAUGUCUCUUUUGUAUCUAACACUGCAGAAUUGUCAGAGAAGAGAAAAGAGAAUCCCAUAGUACCUUUGAAAUUUAAGUUUUAAAAAUCUAAUUCAUUUUAUAUUCAGUCAUUUUAAAAUGUAGGUCCCUAAAUCCUGAUCUGUAAAGUUUUCUUGAUGGGAUUGUAUUGCCACAGAACACUGCCAAUGACACUGCUUAAAUAGUAGUCUUCUUUGUUCUACCUGCCCUGUUACCCUUUUCUGUCAUGCCAAGGCCCUCCCUCUGUGCCUUAAAAAUUCUAUACAAACCCAUCAUUUUUAUACAGCUUUCACAGACAUAUGGCUCCAGGGCCUGGUCUCUCAGCAACAGUACGGCCCUCAAGUCUGAUUCUUUGCAUAGCUGAAACUAGCUGUGUGUUUCAGUGUGUGUUUUUAUAUACUUACAUAUUUCUAUUCAUCCUGUCUGACAAUGAGUGUUCUGCUUUUCAAAUACAGAAAACAUAUCUACUCCCCUCACAUCUCUCUACAAUAUCUUGUAUACUGCUCUUCUUUGUAGUUCCUUCAAAUUAGAUAUAAAAUCAAGCUCUGAAAGUACUGACAUUUUGAAAAAUCUUACUAACCCACUAAAAUUAUAAACUGGCUGGGGCAUAAUAUGCAAAGGAAGGAUGCUAAUUGUUUUGAGCUCAGGAUUAGGGAAAAGCAACAAUUUAGUCUAUAUAUUUCUCCUCAAUUCUUCAUUUAUUAUCUGUCAUCUGUCUAUCUAUCUAUCCAUCCAGCAUCUGUGUGUAUGUGUGGUAAUGGAGUAAACUCACCAGUAAUUAUCUUGACAUCCAGAUGGAACCCCCAUGCAGUGAAUAACUCAUUGACUACCCCCAAGGAAAUCUGUGAUCUCCCAGGCCAAGAAGAAGAAACUGAGGACUAUCUCUGAAAGCCAUUGAAUUCCUUAGUUAAAUCCAGAGGGAAAGUCUGAGAUCAAUAUGGCUGUUGUGUCUGUGAUAGUUGAGGAUAAAUUAUUGGAAAGAGACAGGUACUAACUACUUCUUUUGCAUUUGACUCUUGGUCCUUUUUUUGUGAGCUUUUUGUUCCUGCAAAGCUGGCUUGGGUCAACGUAGUAAGUCAAAAAAAAACCCUCAAUGAGAGAAGCUGGGAAUCUCCAAUCUCCAUCCCAAAACAUGUCGCUGAUGACUUGAACAUAUCACCAGAUACUCAAGAUACAGACGGCAGCUUCCACCUAUGGGAGAAUGACCCUCUGAAGAGAAACUUGGAAUCAUCAUCAGAGCCAUUGGAGGGGACAUCUGAGAGUCACGUGGGUGAAAUUUUACAAGACCCUGUCAUGCCUCCAGUCCAGGGUAGAAAGUUAGAUCCACUUCCAAAAACGCAUAGAUGUCUUAAGAAGGCUGUAAGGACAAAGAGAAUGAGGAAGAGCAGGAGGAAGGAGAAGGUGGAGACCCACCAUGCCCCCAUCCUUCCAACACCUUUUGUGCCACCACAAAGUGAAGAAGAUGAGGUGGUAGACACAAAGCUGGCUGUAUUCAGUGCUCAGGAAGAUGAUCCCGACCUUCCCAGUGAGGACAGGUUACAGAGUCAGCAGGAUAAGGGCGCAUGUGCGAUGCAUCAGGAGUGUCAGAUACAGCCCUGUGAGCUCUCAGUGUCCCAGGAGCCGGGGCCGUCUUCUCCGGCAGUGACAUCCUUGGCAUCACCACCACGCUGCUUUGGUCGCUUCCUAAGCUGCGUCUGCCAGACCUUCUCGAGGUCUAGGAAGCAGAAGGCCCCCAGAAGAGAGGACACCAAGCAGGCUGGGGCAGGAGGUGAUGCUAAGGCUCUGAGACCUGCCCUGCUGAGGGGUCUGGGCAGAAACAGAGUGCAACCUCAUGAAAGCCUGUAGAAGUUGAUGCCGAUAGGGCUUCUCCCUGUGUUUCAUUUUGUAAUUUUCCCCGUGUUGUUGUUCCUGUUGGUCGAUUCUUGUUUAUCAAAGAUAAACGUUUUUGCUCUGCUUUUUUGCUGAGAUCCUUAAGCCUGAGGAAGUGGUAAAAGCAAAGUAACUUUGAAGGUUUUAACACUUUACCCAGUAGUGGGAUUGCUUCCUACUUCCUCCCAUUAGGCUGAAGUGGAAGUCACUACAGAGCAGCGGUUCCCAAAAUUCAUGCGGGUGUCGCUCAUGUCUUCAGUUAGCUUAAUUCUCACUGCCUUCUCUGAGGAUGGAAGCCAUACCAUCUCAUCAUUUUGAGUAAUGUCUCCAGAAAUCAACCACCAAGUGGAGACUCCUCAUGUCCAGCUCCUCUCAUUGUCUUUUACCUUUGGCUAAGAGAUUCAUGUUGCAUUCCUCAUCCUCAGGACUUUGUUGAAAUUCUGACACUCCCCACCUGAUUUAGAAACGUCUCAGGGAGUGGUCGUUGCUCUUUUGCUCGCAUAAGGUAGCGCUACCACCUCCUGCAUCUCUAACCAUCCUCUGGUUUCCUUUUUGUCACUUGUUAGUAAGAUAUCUGGCCCUUACUUCCCAAGUGUUCUGUAUUAAGAACCUCGUCACAUAAGGUGAUGGGCUCCUUUCCUUGUUAUUCUUUAGCCAGAUUCACAGAAUCCCGAGUUCUGAGAACCCUAAAGAAAAUAAGUACUUAGAAAAAAGUUCAAGAUUAUUUCAUUUCCUGUUGUUGUCCCAGCACACUAGGCUACUCCUCUUCCCAGGACAUAAACUAAGAGUUUAAAUUAAUUUUACACCCUCCUUUGAGAGAGUAGGUUUAAGGUGAAUUUGAGAGUUUUCCUGUAGCUUUAAUGACCUGUUGUUAUUUCCUACAUGUCCCGGUUUUUCCAAUUCAUAUAAGAAUAAUCAAUAAAAGUACAAAUAGAAAUACAUGUGUAAAGUAUCUGCAUUGGAAGGAAAUUGUACAAUUUCUUCCUCCUUUAGGACUGACCCCAAUGGUUACUGCACUAGAAUUGGAGAAGAUAACCGAUGUGUUUCUUUUGUUCUUUCUUGCUUGGAAUCGGGCCUGGCGCUGUUGGAAGAAUGAAGUUGGGAAGGGAAUAGAAUGAGGUGCAGGAGCAGUGGCGAAAGAUCCCAAAGGCUGCCUUGCGAGUAAUUGGUAAAAACCACCCUGGAGGGAGUCUUGCGAUGUGAUGAGGAUCUCAAGUUAGAAUGAGAAAUUUUAUGGGGCGCCUGGGUGGCGCAGUCGGUUAAGCGUCUGACUUCAGCCAGGUCACGAUCUCGCGGUCCGGGAGUUCGAGCCCCGCGUCAGGCUCUGGGCUGAUGGCUCAGAGCCUGGAGCCUGU